GGACUCCCUGGGAAGGAUGGAAUUCCCGGGCUGCCGGGCAGGCCGGGCCGGGUGGGUCCUCCCGGUCCCCCCGGAGUCACGGGUAUUCCCGGCGUCCAAGGCGAUGUUGGAUCUCCCGGCUAUCCGGGCCCGGCGGGGCCAAAAGGAGACAGAGGUGAGCCGGGAUACGUCCUGGGAGGAGUGGAGGUGAUUCCCGGCCGGAAUGGGCAGCCGGGCCCCCCUGGACCCAAAGGGCAGCCAGGUGUUCCUGGGGCGGCAGGACCACCGGGAUCACCAGGAAUGCCGGGACCACCGGGGCCUCCAGGGAUCUCCAUCAAGGGCAAACCAGGAGAUGCAGGAGCCAGGGGCCCUCGGGGGAGGAGCGGCCUCAAGGGGGACAGAGGAGGCCCAGGAGAGCCGGGAAAACCUGGUUUGCCAGGCCCUGUGGGGCUCCAUGGAGUUCCUGGACUUCCUGGACCACCGGGAGAAAAGGGGACGGCGGGAACGGGAAUUCCUGGCGCUCCAGGCUCCAAGGGGGAAGAAGGAGAGCAGGGGCCGAUGGGACCUCCGGGAGCACCAGGACCAAAGGGAAUUCCAGGAGCUCCGGGGCAGAAGGGAGAGCAAGGAAACCCGGGAAUUCCAGGUGCUCCGGCUGUGGGGGUUUUGGGACCUCCAGGCAAGAAAGGGGCCAAGGUGA